UCUAUCUUCAAAGAUCUUUGUUCUGAUUUACAGUGGUUUCAGAAAGUUCAGAAUAGCAUACCAUGUAUCGAUAUGAUCAAAAUCACUUGUGAAUCAGACUUCCUGCUGCUGUUUGGUGCUGAAACAGCCUCCAAGAAGCUUGAGAAGUGGGACACGUCAUUCAAGCCCAAGGUCAUCAAAGAGGCCAAAGAGCUGACUCAGUCAACUGAGCUGGGCCGACUUCUAAAAGCUGCAGAGAAACUCACAGAGAACGAUGCAAAUGACUGGGACAGUGACAUGGCUUCUCUGCUGCUGCUUCUCCAUCUAUUGCCACCCACAGCUGGACGAAAGAGGAGAACCAAAAUAAGUGCUAGUGAUGCAGUGGACAAAAUGGUGCACUUUCACAAGUCAUGCUGCAGUAUUGAUGAACACCUGCAAGAAAGAGAGGGUAAACAACCAUACAUCCUCGCUGUUGGCCGAACCCAGAACAGGAUUGAAACCUUCUAUAUUGCCGUUGACAAACAGCUCAUCCCCUGCCAAGCCACCGGCUCACUGAGUGCCUUUGAUGAACUGUUUGAAUCCCACUACGUGUUCAACCUGUCUUAUGAUGAGUCCUUGGUCCAGCUCUACACUUUCCUGCAGACGACAAUCUAUAACAUCGAUAUUGCUAACACGACUGAGCCCACAAGAGUGUUAAAACAGAAGUCCAUCAUGAACUUCUACCAGAGAAGUCCUGCUGGACAACCGAGUUUCACAAGAUUCACAGUAAACUUCAUGGAAACGAAUCAUCUGUGUCCUGGGAUUUUUGGGAGUGUUUAAGCUGAAUGGAAACAUAGCCCAUGACAGUGAAAAGACUGCAACACAGCCAUCAUACGGAGCUACUCAAUAUCAAGAGAUAAGCGGCUAACAGCACAGCUUCUAGAAUCCGGCUACUGGACUGUACAUGGCAUGGGAUCGCCUCAACAAAAUAUAUGGCUCACCAAAGGCCGUCGAACAGGCUCUGUUCAGCAAACUGGAAAACUUUCCAAAGCUCACAACAAAGGAUCCACAGAGACUGCGGGAUCUAGCCGAUCUGUUGUGAGAGCUACAAGCCGCAAAGGAAGAUGGCUACCUCGCAGGCUUGUCGUAUUUGGAUACCUCCAGAGGAAUUAAGCCUAUCAUUGAGAAACUCCCAUACAACAUACAAGAAAAGUGGCUAUACUUCGGGACAAGAUACAAACAAGAACAUUUUGUUAGCUUCCCACCUUUCUCCGUGUUGGUAAACUUCAUUCGCUCAGAGGCAAAGGCGCGCUCAGAUCCAAGCUUAAACCUCUUUACGCAAGCCCCGGCAGAGAGAAACAACAAAUGCGAGAGGCCCACAAAGACAUCUGUAUAUGUCCACAAGACGCAGGUCUCAGGAACUGCCAAGUCUGAGUCUAAAGUAAGAAGAGAACGAAUUGACCAAGAUAAACACUGCCCAUUGCACAAAAAGCCCCACCCUCUGAGGAAAUGCAGAGGCUUCCGUGAGAAGAGCAUAGACCAGGGGUGCCCAACCUUUUUUGAACCAAGAUCUACUUUUAAAGUUGAUAGUAUGUUGAGAUCUACCAAGCCAUAUCGAAAGCCAUAGCGUAGCCACAAUUAAUUGUGCACCUAUAUAAUAACACAAUGUUCUGACACAAAGAUCAAGUUUUAACCAUAAUAAUACAUUUAUUGAACUAAAUGUACGUCGUGCAAAGAAUAAGCACAAGUAGGCCUAGGACUGGCCCGUAACAACACAACAACAUACAAACCAAUUAAUACAAUGGCUAAUUCAAGUUGGAAAAGUGGUUCUCUACCUUAGUGGGACUUCUGGCACUGAGAGGAGGAAGCUAGUCUCUCAUAGUCCGGACAGUAGGAGCUGAGUGCCAGCCGUAAGCAGGCCGCAAGGUGGUCAUCAGUCAUGGUGGAUCUGUAUUUUGACUUAAUGAUUUUCAUAUGUGAAAAGGCAGACUCACACAAAUAUGUUGAUCCAAAAAGUGCAGUCAAAUUCUUUGCAGUUUGUCUGAGGUUGGGGUACUUCUCUUUCUGCAUUAGAUUCCAGAAUUGGACAUUUGUGUCAGAGGUGUAGCUCUUGAUUUGAGCUCAAUGUCAUUAUUUAGUGUGAGCAUCUCAUUCUCAAUAGCACCGCUAUCCAGGUUGAAGAGUGAUGCCACUUUGGACGUUAUACAAUCCACAUCUAUAUUUUCCCCAAAUGGAAAACUGAGAAAACUCACAACAGGCUCAAUGGAUGCAAAGUCAGUAAAGCGCCUGUCAAAUUCUGACAAGAUGCUUUGCACUUGAUCAUCAUAACUUGCACUCUCAAGCUCCACACAGUCUUUGCCCUGACGCUUAAGUUCUGUGUCCAUGUGUGGAAAGUUCCGCAGAUCACACUGUUGCAACCUGCUUGAUAGCAGCAGCAACUUGCUUUUAAAGGUGUUCACGGAGCUGAUCAUGCUGAUGAUGUGUUUGUUCUUACCCUGCAGCUCUAGAUUCCAGUUAUUGAGCUUGUCAGUCAGAUCAGUAAGAAAGGCGAAAUCCAAGAGCCACUGACUGUCUUCUAGCUGUGCAUUCAGCAUGGUUUGAACGUUUCAGAAAUUCUUUAAUUUCGGGCAACAAUUUAGAAAAGCGUUCCACCUUACGUCUGUGUGCAGCAGCAGAUCUGUGUGUUCUGCACCGGUCCCCUCCAGUUGCGCACGGAAUAAUUGCCUCUGCAGACUCCUGGCCCAAACAGAACACGCAAUCUUGUUAGCCACAUCCAUCACGUCUUUCAUAUUUAAAAUCUUCCCGCACAACCCUUUCUGGUGAAUCCAGGAAAGAUUCAGACUUUUUGUACAAUCCAAUGAACCCAGCAGUACGUCCAAUCAUUGCUGGAGCCCCAUCGGUUGUAAUGGUGACAAGUUUGAAGAGGGGCAACUUGCACUUACUAACGAAUUCCAUAAAAACCUGAAAAAUAUCUGUGCCUCUUGUGUGCCCUUUCAAAUGCAAAAUGGUCAGCAGCUCUUCUUUUACACUCAUAUUGUCGAAAACCAUUCUAAUGAACACAAAUAGCUGAGCCACAUCCACAGUAUCAGUGGAUUCAUGGAAUUACAGAGAAAAACACAUGUGUCAAUAUCAUUCCUCAAUUGCUGUUCAACAUCCUCCGCCAUUCCCUCUCAUUGCCGUGUAACAGAAUUUCUUGAUAGCUGCACAUCCUGAAUAGCAGACACAAUCUCCUUUCGAUUUUUAAAAUCGGCAAAAAGCGAAUCUGCGGCUUCUAUGAACGCUUCUUUCACAAUCUCACCAUCUGUGGCGUCAAACAAGUGUGAGCAUAGGACCAGCAUCUGUGGAGGAACUCCAGGCCUGAAGGGGGCAAAGAGAGCUCACCCAGACACUCAACAGACAGUAUGCAACCCAUGUUUCUGGAGGGACCGAUUUCACCUGCGCACCUCUAAUCAAGCAUGAGUAUAAAAUGUUUGGAGUUAGCUCGGGGAGCCCUCUCUGCUCGGUCUCCUCAGCCUACUGACAGCUCAUGUUCAACCACAGACGCAACUGGUAUGGACUUCAAAUAUUUAGUUUGAAAGAAUCAUUUGUUUGCUGUUUUCUGUUUGAUUUUGAUCUGUUUUGAAUUUAAAUGAGAUGUUUAGUUUAAUGAUCAUGAUUGAUGCGUACUGAUGUGGAAUGUAAUUUGCCCUUUUGUUUCUUAAAGGGUAUCCACCUAUUCUUCCUCUGGAAUUUCACUUUGUGCCAUCAAUCUAAAAGAAAAUAAAUCACCAGAACGGAACAGAGUUGUCCCCUUGCAUCAUUUGUGUUGAACAAGCCGUUUUCAAGUUUGGGCAGAGCUGAAUCUGAAUCUUAACAUCUGGAUAACUUGACACCAUCCUUGAAAGAUUUCUUUCCUUUUGCAAGAACACGACAGACACGAUAAGAAGCUAUGGUUGCCUUACUCGUGGUAUUGGGCCUGGUAAAAAUGGACUGUUGUGCUGCUAGCUGACUUUUCAAUUCCUUGACUUUUCGGGCGCGCAGUGGUGAUUUAGCUGGGAAGUUUGUAUCGUACCUCUUGUGGACCGUUUUGAAAUGCCGCUCCAAAUUCCCUUUCUGUGGUAGAGACACAUUUGCAUUGCAGAUAAGACAGAUGGACUGGGUAAGUUUUUUAGAUUUUUUUUAGCUUCUGCCGCCAUGGUAGUAUCC